UGCAGCUCCGGUCGUCUGAUUGGGGCCUGGUCGGCGGCAUAGCGCCUGGCUGCCGGCGGCAGGCCAGCGCGGCGAGCGUUGCGGGUACGCACGCAUCCGGUGGCGCAGCUGCACAUCGAUCCCUUUCGUGAGGCCAUUCGAGUUUUAGGCGAGGAUCUUGGCUGGGCAGGCGAGUUGUUUGAUGAAAUGCUCAGGUGAGCCCCCGCACCGCAGAGAGGAGGUCGAUGGCGCCUAGGCGGGUGCUGAGAAGCAUUGAGGUAAUUUCCUUUUCUCGAGGUUUUCGAAUUGCCACUGGCUGGUUGCGUGGAGACCUGUGGCCGAGAUCACUAUAGGCAUAGUGCAUAGGAUCAGCAUAGGACAUGGGGUAUCUAUCUCCAUGCCCUGGAUGGCACGGUGCGACGACCAAGUGACCGGCAUAGCGAUCGAUGCUCCCAUCACUAUUCGCAUAGACAAAUUGGACACGAGCUUCCAUGUAAACCCGAAAAUUGUCACAUCACUGAUUAUGUUAUGCCACACUCGUUUCCCCUUCCCUUCUUGCUACGGUAGAGUUUUCCUUGUAGCACUAAAUAGACAUGUUUGAGCUGAGUCAACUUAGAAAGAUGAAAGGUAUUCUACACAACUUAUAGAGGAGAUCAAUUACUAGUACGAGUAUCACCAUUGCCUAGCUAGUUCCCAAGCCAAGCCAACCUAACAGCAACACCAUGUCUGCUCAUGCAACUUCCGGUAAGCCUGUAUCUCGCAGGCCACAAGCAAAGCUCGUCAUGCCAGCGCUGAUGGCCCUUGAGCUCAUCGUGGCAACAGUCGCCGCUGUCCCACUAGCUUUGCCUGGCUGCCCGGAAGCCUGCGGCAGGGUCACCGUCCCCUACCCUUUCGGCUUCCGGCAAGGCUGCUUCCACGCGGGCUUCAACCUCACCUGCGACCACACACGCCACCCUCCGAAGCUGCUCCUGGGCGAUGGCGUGGAGGUGGACGCCAUCUCCCUGGCGGAUGGCACGGUGCGUGUCCAGAGCAAGACCGUGCGCGCUGCAUGGUCCGACCCUAUCAGAAACGGCACACGGACGCCAUCUCUCGUAAACUCCAAUGGCUCGUGGGUCGGUGGCCUUACGGGUACCAGUGGGCAGCAGCUCGCCGUGUCGUCGGAGCACAACGUAUUCGUGGUCAUCGGAUGCAACUUCAUCGGCUACCUUGUUGCCCCAGACCCUUUUCGCAGCGCUCCGGAGCACAUCAGUGCCUGUGCCGCGCUGUGCGAUAGGUCUCCGGGCACCGAACCUGAGGAGUACACCUCGUGUUCGGGCGUUGGCUGCUGCCGGACGAUGUUCAAGGGUGAUUUGGACAAUACAGAGGCCGUGUACCAGGUGAUGUUCAAGCAUUUGGUGCACGAUACGGAGGUCGUGUACCCAGCAUGGGACACACCGUCGGAGUCGGUGGCCGCGUUCAUAGUCGAUCGCGAGUGGUUCAACGGGAAUGCGGGGAUGAUGCUUAAUAACACCUUCGGUUCUUAUGACCACCAUUGGGGAAGUCUAAGCCCCGUAGCCGUACGCACCGUAUUAAUUUGGUGGCUGGAACAAGACCGAGACCGUGAUAUAGUGUUCUACGAUCCUAAUGUCUCUCACUGGAGAUGCCUAAGUUUGAACAGCGUCGUUACCUACGUUAAUGGAUUUGCAAUAAGGUGCAGUUGCUUGGACGGAUACGAAGGCAAUCCUUACAUGCGUCAGGGAUGCCAAGAUAUCGACGAGUGCCUACAGCCAGGUGUUUAUCCCUGCCAUGGGACCUGCAUCAAUAUGCCAGGGACAUACCGAUGCUCAGCAAAGAAAAGAAUCAUCAACUUACCAGGUCUAAUUACCAUAAUAGCAAUUGCUGCUGGUUUUAGCCUACUGUUUUCAGUCCUAGGUGUUGCCCAAGUCACAAAAAAACUCAAGAAACAAAGAGCCAAGAAGUUCAGACAGAAGUUCUUUAAGAAAAACCAUGGAUUGCUUCUGCAACAGUUAAUCUCUUCGAACAAAGAUAUAGCCGAAAAGAUGAAAAUUUUCAGCUUAGAAGAGCUAGAGCAAGCAACCAACAAGUUUGACCAUAAUCGGAUCCUUGGCGGCGGUGGGCAUGGCACAGUCUAUAAGGGCAUCUUAUCUGAUCAACGUGUUGUGGCCAUCAAGAAGGCCAAAAUUGUAGUUCAAAGGGAAAUCGACCAGUUCAUAAAUGAGGUUGUCAUACUUUCACAGACAAACCAUAGGCAUGUGGUGAAGCUCUUUGGCUGCUGCCUCGAGACAGAAGUUCCUCUACUAGUCUAUGAGUUCAUAUCGAAUGGAACUCUAUCGUAUCAUCUCCAUGGCCAAAGUGAGAACCCUUUGUCAUGGAAAGAUAGAUUGAAAAUUGCAUUGGAAACUGCAAGGGCUAUUGCAUAUCUGCACUCUGCUGCUUCCAUAUCUGUAUACCAUAGGGACAUCAAAUGCGCAAAUAUAUUGCUUACUGAUACUUUAACAGCAAAAGUAUCAGAUUUUGGAGCUUCAAGGUCAAUUGCAAUAGAUGAGACAGGAAUACUUACAGCCGUCCAAGGAACUUAUGGUUACCUUGAUCCUGAAUACUACUAUACCAGUCGACUCACGGAGAAGAGCGAUGUUUACAGCUUUGGUGUUAUCCUAGCAGAGCUACUGACGAGGGUGACACCAGUUUUUUCUUCUAAUUCGUCAGAAAGCACAAGCCUUGCAUCUCAUUUUGUGUCACUUAUAAGGGAUAAUCGAUUCUUAGAUAUUCUAGAUACACAAAUUGUUGAGGAGGGAGGGGCUGAAGAUGCUGAGGUGAUUGCAAGACUCACAGAAGCAUGCUUAAGUUUAAAAGGUGAAGAAAGGCCUACAAUGAGACAAGUGGAGACAACACUUGAAGAUGUGCAGAACUUAAAGGUCAAUCUCAGUUCUCAGAUCACAAGAGUGAACCAGAGUGCUAUAAAUGCUCAGUCAUACAAGGGAAGCAAAGGCAGCGAAGGAACUAGGCUGUACAGCUUGGAAAAAGAGUUCAUCCAUUCAUCUGAAAUUCCAAGAUGAUUUUGCUUACAUGGUGUAGUGUU